ACUCUCAACAAUACUUUUAGAAAUCACUGUUGUGUAUUGUUGAAUUCAAAUUCAGUAAAAUUCCACUUUGGCAAAAUAUAAACAGCGGUAAUGGUCAUCAGCCAGUCGAAAAUAGUUCGCGUUUCCGAGGAAUUGGCCAAGCAGCUCGGCCAAAAGUAUGCGCAAAACCCACCAAGGGUGGCCAUUGUGCCUGACCCUCCUGAGGCGCGGCACCAGGAUUUUCGCGCCGAUGGCCUCUACGUAGAGGAGGGACUGUUCCGCGAGUUGCAGCACCAGCAAGUGGCUCUGGAGGUGCGCGUCAGGGAGCUGAAAGAGGCCCUUAGCCAGCACUACACACCCCUAAGACGUCCCCAGCACCGUGUCCUGCCCCCGGCUAAGGCCGAACCACCUCUGCAGGUGCUCGUCGAGUGUCUCAGGGCGCACCCUGAUCACCCCCUCAAAUGCUACCCCUACGCGAAGGAAUUUGCUGAUUCUGCCAAACUCUGACCAAAACUAAUCUGGCAAUAAAAAGGGUUCAAAACUUUUGAAUUUGGAAAUAUCAAGAAGUA